CAAAUACACGUCUUAAAGCAAUAGUUUUCAGACAAUUCUGGAAAUGCGCUCAUUCCAUGAGAAGAUGCAAGUAAAUACCUUUCUCAUAUCUGUUCAAUAUGAAUCUGGAGCCAGCAGCUGUUUAGCUUAUAGCACAAAGACUGGAAACAGUGGGAGCAGCUAGUCUGGCUAACCACCCAUAAUACAGCAAAUUGAUGUUUUUACACUUUUUGUAUAUUGUGUUAAUUAGCAAAGAUGCUCAGGUGGAUUUAUUAUUUUUUUUUUUUUACCUUUGGACAUAGCCAGGCUAGCUAUUUCCCCCUGCUUUAUGUCUUUUCUAAGUCAAGGGGAGAGCCCAAAGAAAAUAUUAAUAAUGGUGGGGACGGCCUUGCUUUUUUAUAAAAUGAAAUAUAAGAUUCAGCCCCUCCUCCUCACACCAAUAAUUUUGGUACAGUCCCUUAGGGGGAAACACUGUGUCUGACUGGUAGGUUGUAACAUAGUUUAAGCCCGAGCUAAAGCUAAGCCUAACAAGACUAGGUCAAAAUCUAGUAUAUAGCGGCCCUGCUUUGGUGCGGUUAAUCCAAAACCAAGCCUGAUUGGAUCAAUAGGUUUCCAUAGUAACUUAGAGCAAACUUAAACCUGCUAUAUAAAACAAAAUUAGCUGAAAAUAAGCCUGAUUUGCUGAAGUAAGUGUGGUUUGACUGGUAACCUUGCUGUCCUCUGACACCCGUGACACAGUCAGCAGACUGCUUGUUAAGUUUGAUGCCCUCCAGCUUCAUGUACCCCAGAUGCACAGAGGCACACAGAGCCAGCUGCAACAGCCUGAACAAUAAAGAAGAGUUAUACUGCAUCACAGUCAUGAGCUGGUUCUUCAGAGCAGCGUAAAAGAGAGAAGGGGGCUGGGGACCUACAGUAUACUGUAUAUUCUGUGUUUUUAAAAAAAAUAGCUAAAGAGGCUUUGUAAAACAGAAUCAUGCUCAUUUACUGAUCACAGGAGCUGAAGACAAAACAGCUGCUGCAACCAUCUGCUGCACAAUCACAUCUUUGUAGCUUUUCUGGAUCUUUAAGACACUCAUGUUUUAUGGCACUGAAUCAGAUGACUAAUUUGAAGCAGACCACUGAUUUUUUUUUCUGAUACUGCUGGGCUAAAUUUUUCCUUUACUUGGUUUGUUUUUAACUUGGAUAGAGAAUGAAGAUUCUUCAUGUCGUCUUGUUUUGCUGCUUCUCAGUUGUGUGUGUGGAGGCCUCAGCAGUGCUGGAGGUGAGCGGCCAUGUUGGAGGAGAGGUCUCCAUCUACUGCUCUGGUAGCUGGACCAACAGCUCUGAAAACUACAACAUGUACUUCUGCAAAGAAGUCUGCUCCAGGGAAAACAUUCUCAUUCAGACUGAGAGGAGGAGGUUGGAAGUCACACGGCGAGGGAGAUACAGCGUGACGGUCAACAGAGGAGCCUUCAACGUGACCAUAAAGAGGCUGAAGAGGGCGGACGCAGGGAGAUAUCACUGUGGAGUGGGGAAAACUUUAAAUGUUUUGUACCCGGAGGUCAAUCUCAUAGUCCUAGAUGCUUCCACUGUGCCCUCUGGAUCUCCUCCCUCCACCACCACCCUGCAGACUGAAGCACAAACUCAGCCCCGAGGCAGCUUUCCAUCCAGCACUGAACCGCCACGAGCAGCAUUAACCCUGCCCGCUACAGAGAAGAAGAAAAACCAGCAAGCAGCAACCAAACUCUCAGAUACCACAGUGGUCAUCAUUGUUUCGGUGAGCCUGGCUCUUCUGGUUUGUGCCAUUAUACCUCUUAUAUUCUACAGACACUGCCGGAGUACCGUGGAAGGUCAGAACGGACCUGAAGGGAACAAGGCUGAUUACUAUGAAGAAAGUGCAGAUGUUGCCUCUACUCAGGCUGCAGUGAAGCUGCAGUCUUUAGAACCAGAUGCUGGUCCAGAGUCCAGUGCUCAGGAUGCCUCCCAGUGUGCUGCCAUCUACCAGGCACUCGAUCCCAAAAGUCUGGACUGAGCAGGGUUUAUUCUGCUUCUGAGCUGACAGCUAAUCUUACCCUCUUCUCUGUAUUUUGAAUCAUAAACUGUUUGAAUAUA